AUGAGUAAUAUUCGACAAGAACCAUCCAAACCAAAACACAAACAUAAUAAAUGGACGGCAGUUGAAGAUAAAAUGCUAAAGAGUCUUGUUUCCAAAUCCACAAAACCCAACUGGGUUGCCAUUUCGAACCAAAUUCCAAAUCGAAAUCCAAGGCAAUGCCAAGAAAGAUGGGAGUAUUACUUGUCUCCAAAUGUUAAUAAUUCUCCAUGGACGCCCCAAGAAGAUGCUCUAUUGCUUAAGAAAUAUCAGGAAUACGGAACGAAAUGGACAAUAAUUGCCAAAUUCUUUUAUAAUCGAACGAACACAAACGUUAAAAACAGAUUUCUUGCUAUCAAUAGAUAUCAAAAACAAACACAGCCCACAACAGAAAUUGAAGAAGUCACUCCACAAUGUGAAAAAGUUAUCCUUCCAAAUAUUAUGAAUCUUGAUGCUGUUUUGCCUACAAACUUCCUUAAUAGAGUUGCCAUGUUAGACUCUGCUUCGUUCUUAUCAACAAUUAUUUAA